UUUUUGACGUAUAAACUAUGAUGCGCUGCCAUCGACAGCUGUGGCAAAUUCCACGUCUGAAAAUCGGCACAUUGUGAAAAGAGAAAAUUCGGCCGAUUCGGCCUGAAUGGAUUAGUUUUAAGAACGUCGAGGGCAAAAGCCAGCACUUCUCAUAAUGGGUGGACUUUUAAGCUACUUUCGCGGCCUUCUUGGUAGCCGGGAAAUGCGAAUUUUGAUUCUCGGCUUGGACGGCGCCGGAAAAACAACAAUUUUGUACAGACUGCAAGUUGGUGAAGUGGUCACAACUAUUCCUACGAUUGGUUUCAACGUCGAACAGGUCACCUACAAAAAUUUAAAAUUCCAAGUAUGGGACUUAGGUGGUCAAACAAGCAUACGACCAUACUGGCGGUGUUAUUAUUCAAACACGGACGCUAUCAUCUAUGUAGUUGACUCUGCAGACCGCGAUAGAAUUGGCAUCUCUAAAGAUGAGCUUGUUUAUAUGCUUGAGGAGGAGGAGCUGAAAGGUGCUGUGCUUGUUGUUUUGGCCAACAAACAAGACAUGGAGGGCGCCUUAAGUGUGGCCGAGGUGCACCAGGCGUUGGGUCUGGAUGCGUUGAAAAACCGCACCUUUCAAAUUUUUAAAACGUCGGCAACCAAAGGUGAAGGCCUCGACCAGGCCAUGGACUGGCUUUCUAACGCUCUCACAGCCGCGAAGUGAUCGCCACAUUCCAAGCUUAUCCCCUCCAAGCAAGGACACUCCUUUCUUCAACUUUUUGUUUCCAAUUUGUGUUGAUCUUGUGCGUCUAGUGUGGAUCUAAGUUAAUUAAGUAACUGCAAAUAAAACUUAUGCACUGUAAACAAAA